AACUCUCCAUCUCGCUGCGCCAAAGAAAUAGAAAAGAAAAUUCCAAAGAAGAAGACGAGACCUUAACUCCAUCUCCAUCUCCAUCUCGCUGCGCCGCUGCUUCUCGCUGCGCCGCUGCUGCCACCUCCAUCUCCGCUUACAUGUUAGUUUCCUUUCACCUCCAUCUCCGCUUCACCUUCAUCUCUACUUCACCUUCAUCUCUGCUUCACCUUCAUCUCACUAACCUCAAUCAUCUGUUAUGAACCCUAACUCUCUUCAUCCCUUCACCUUUUCCCAAAUCUUCUUCAAAAUUUCACCGAAACCCUAACUCUCUCCAUCCCUUCAUCCUUCUCCCAAAUCUUCUGUUGGUUUAGGGUUUAUGUGUUUACAAAUUGAUGUUUAGUCAAUUUCUAGUCUAUUGGAAUUGAGUUUUUUUAGGAUAAUGGGGGUGUGUUUUUUUCUUGUAUUGAUUAUAAUGAAGUUGUGGUGUUCGUUAUAUUGAUGCAAAUGGAGUUGUUGAUGCUGUUUUCCUUAUGUUACUGAACUCAUUUGCUGAUGUAAUACAAUAGAAAACAGAUUAGGGUCUCUGUCUUUUAUCUUAGAAUUGAUUAAUGUUACAAUCAGUAGUGGUUGUUUUUAUUUUUUUUAUGAAUGUUGCUCUUUCUUAUUGCUAGCUGACAGUUAUUUCACUAUGAAUUUUGUGAAUUAUUUCAUCUGUCUUAUAAAUAUUCUGUUUUGAAUUGGUUAUUCAAAUCUAUUAGUCUGUGUUUGAAAUCUGACCAUGAUGGAUUGACAUGGCUGAUUAUUACUAAAUAAAUAUUCCGCCAAUAUGUUGUUGAUUGAUUUAAUUUUUUUCAUUUGGCUUAAGUGUAGAUAGCUUCUUUUUCUAUGUUCUUUAAUUUCGUCCAAAGUUGACCGUUCCAUUUUCUGGUGUUUUUAUGAGCUUUACCCUAGUGGCUUGAUUGGGCAUAAAUUUUAGAUUGUAGGCUGCUGCUGCUGCUUCUGCCAAUCUUAUAGUUGGGACCCAUGUUUGGUUGGAGGAUUCUGAUGUAGCUUGGAUAGAUGGCGAGGUCUUAGAGAUUAAUGGAGAACAAAUCAAAGUCCUUUGCACUUCCGGGAAGACGGUUGUUGUUAAAGCCUCCAGUAUUUAUCAUAAAGAUAGAGAAGUUCCACCGUGUGGAGUGGAUGAUAUGACAAAGCUCGCGUACCUGCACGAACCCGGAGUCCUAAGUAAUCUGAGAUCAAGAUACGAAAUCAAUGAAAUUUAUACUUACACUAGGAAUAUAUUGAUUGCUGUGAACCCGUUCAUAAAGCUUCAUCAUUUAUAUGAUAGCCAUAUGAUGGCGCAAUACAGAGGAGCAGCAUUUGGUGAGUUAAGUCCACAUCCCUUCGCUGUUGCCGAUGCAGCAUAUAGGCUCAUGAUAAAUGAUGGAAUCAGCCCGUCAAUAUUGGUGAGUGGUGAAACCGUGAAAGUGGUGCUGGUAAAACAGAAAGUAUUAAGUUACUCAUGCGAUAUCUUGCUUACAUGGGAGGGAGAGCGGCUGUUGCUGAAGGUAGAACUGUCGAGCACACUUUCAUUGAGUAUUUUAUAAGCUUAGAUUCAUACAGUAGGAAAUCACUAAGUGUAUUAAUUAUUUGAAGACUUUCAUUAUUUUAUACAGUAUUUUAUAAGCUUAGAUUCAUACAGUACUUUAUAAGCUUAGAUUCAUCGAGCACACUUUCAUUGAGUAUUAAUUAUUUGAAGACUUAAUCACUAAGUGUAAAAAAGUUCUAAUAUCAAAACAGUAGGAAAUCAUUAUGUUGCCCUAGAUUCAUACACGAGUGAUGCACUUUUGGAUUCCUACGUAGUAAAUCAACGUGAAACUAAGGUUAUAAUAUAUAUUUCUAGUUUGUUUUAGUAUAAUUACAUAACUAAAACCUCCAGCUAGUUUAAGAUUUGAGUUCCCCAUCUUGGAUUGUAGUCACAUUUUUUAAAGGAAGUAAAGUAGUUGAAAUGAGUAGUAUAUGUUAAGAAAUGUGAUGUUGUCUUUUUCAUCUGAGAAUUGAUUCCACCCACUUGUACUAUUAUUCAUUUCUAUAGCAUAUAAAUUUUCUUUUUACUCAAAAGUUUAAAGGUGAAGUCUUUUAGAUUCCAUUAUACUUUAAUGUUUUGUCUAUAUACAUCACAUAAGAGAACUUCUUGGUAGAACUGAUUGGGAAGUCAGUUUGAGACAGAUGCCUCGUGCUGAAAACAGAGUUGCUGACAAACUUGCCGAUAUAGGUCGUGAAUUACCUUUUUCCGGUCUGCGUGAGAUUGGUUCUCCCCCUCAAAACUAUGUCGACCUGCUCUAGAUACUUUCAGUGUUAAUUAAUCUGAUGAAGUUUUUACUAUGUGAUUGGUUAUAUUCAAAGCAGUUUCCCUGAUUUUGUAUAUUAACCCCCUGUUUGUCACAUGUACUCUGCAGUUUUGAGCAAUUUUGUAUUAAUUUGACCAAUGAAAAGCUUCAGCAGCAUUUUAAUCAGGUUUCUUUAUUAUUUUUAUGGAAGAUAUAUAUAUAUAUUUUUGCUUAUAAUUGAUUAUUGAUUUGAAUCAGACAAUUACGUCACCUUUUUGUUACUCCACAUGCUAUUUUUGCCCUCAAAUAUUUUGUUCUACAACAUGUUUUCAAAAUGGAGCAAGAAGAAUACAAGAAAGAAUAAAUUGAUUGGAGUUACAUUGAAUUUGUGGAUAAUCAAGAUAUUCUGGAUCUGAUUGAAAAG